AUGGUGAUGGAGGUGGUGCACGAGGACGACGCCGGAGACGGCGGCAUGUACUGCGCGAACCACCCUUUCAAGAACAGCGCCGUCCCAGGCGGCAUCUGCGCAUUCUGCCUCCAAGAGAAGCUCGGGAAGCUCGUCUCCUCUUCUUUGCCCAUGGCCGUCUUCCCUUCUUCCUCCUCCUCCUCCUCUUCCCCUUCCUUCAGAUCCGAGUUCGACACCGGCAGCGCCACCUCCGCCGGCGCCGUCGCAGGCGGCCUCCGCCACCUCGCCUCCUCAACCCAGACCAGCGCCAGCAACAAUGAGAUCUGCUAUUAUCCCCGGAGAUCGUCAAGACUGCCCUUUGUCCUGACGCACAGGAAAAACAAAAAGAAAAACAAAAAUAAAGACAUGAAUCUGGCCAAUGGGAGCUCAGAAAAUUCUAGCAUCGUCUUCAAGAGGAGCAAAUCUACCGUGACGCCGAGAAGAGGAACGCAUUUCUUGGACGAGAGCUUUGACAGUCCAAACAAAAGAGGUUUUUGGUCAUUUUUCCACUCUUCCAAAAGUUCUAACGCCAGAAAAAGGGAUAAACACUUUAAAGAUUCGAGCUUUACGCUUAAUGGUGUUGUGGGGUCAUCCUCUGUGACCGGUGCAGCUGGUCCAAGUAGGCCAAGAGAGGAUUUUGUGGUUGUUGAAGAGAAUGACGUAAGCCCGGACGCGGGUUUGGCCCGGAAGGUGUCUAGAUCCAGAUCUGUUGGGUGUGGGAGCAGGAGUUUUUCCGGUGACUUUUUUGAGAGGAUCUCGACUGGCUUUGGCGAUUGUACCCUGAGGAGAGUGGAGAGUCAACGGGAGGGAAAGUCAAAGGUACAACCUUCGGUGCAGAGGAAUGGUGAUUGUAUCAAGGAGAGGGUUAGGUGUGGUGGUAUUUUUAGUGGCUUCAUGAUCACUUCAUCUUCCUCCUCUUCAUCAUCUCUGGUUUCUGAGGAUAAUAAUAAUAAUAAUAAUAAUAAUAAUAAUAAUAAUAAUAAUAAUAAUAAUGGAAAAUCAAUUUCAGUGGGUAAUUCAAUGUCUCAUGGGAGAAGCAAAAGCUGGGGAUGGGCACUUGCAAGCCCAAUGAGAGUUUUUUCUAGUAAGCCAUCAUCUUCUAUGAAAAGGGAUUCUGCAAAACAGGUGACUCCUAAUUUGGCUGCAAUUCCUUCUUUGUUAGCUGUGGGUGGCUGA